AUGCUACAGCCGCGGAUAUUGUCCGUCUCAGCCCGGAGGGUGCUGGCUAAUUGCCAAUGCUCUUUAAGUCUGCCCCUCCGAGGCUAUGCGACAAUUCGCGAGGCUGCACAUCCCCCCAACCCCGAUGUCGACUAUGUACCUAGGGUUCCUAAAGAUGAAGAGGCUCCCCCUAAACCCGCGAGGCAGCACGCUCCGUCCGGACUCAAGUCUGAAAGGGAAUCGACAUUAAUCCUACGUACAUACAAACCUAGGACACCCGGUGUGCGACAUCUUAAGCGACCUAUCAACGAUCACUUAUGGAAAGGUAGGCCCUUCCUUCCGUUAACCUUCCCAAAGAAGGGUAUGGGGAAGGGUGGCCGUAACAACAAUGGCAAAAUUACAGUCCGGCAUCGUGGUGGUGGCCACAAGCGGAGGAUAAGGACGGUGGAUUUCCACCGCUGGCUUGCCGGUCCUCACCUCGUCGAACGAAUCGAGUACGAUCCGAACCGUAGCGCACAUAUUGCGCUACUCACCGAGGAAGCUACCGGCCAGAAAACGUACAUCGUAGCAGCCGAGGGUAUGAGGGCUGGUGACGUAGUACAAAGUUAUCGGUCUGGUAUCCCUCAGGACCUUCUCGAAAGUAUGGGUGGAGUCAUCGAUCCGGGUAUUCUGGCUGCUAAGACGGCACAUCGUGGGAAUUGCUUGCCAUUACACCUUAUCCCCGUUGGAACUCCGGUAUACAACGUCGGUUCUCACCCAAAGGGAGGUGCUGUCUUCUGCCGAAGUGCGGGGACCUUUGCUGUCGUUGAGAGUAAGGAAGAAGAGGUAAGGGAUGACGGAGUCAAGGUCAUGACGGGUAAAUAUGUCAAUGUUAGACUACAGAGCGGCGAGGUCCGGAGAGUCAGCAAGGAUGCCUGUGCUACUAUAGGCGUGUCGAGUAACCCUCACCACCAUUACCGACAGCUUGGUAAGGCUGGUAGAAGUCGAUGGUUGAACAUCAGACCAACAGUACGUGGUGUGGCAAUGAACAAAGUGGAUCACCCUCAUGGAGGUGGUCGUGGUAAAUCAAAGGGUAACCGACACCCGACAAGUCCUUGGGGUACACCGUCGAAAGGUGGUUACAAGACACGCAGAAAGAACAACCCCAACAAAUGGGUUGUGGUUCCUCGGGUACGGAACAUGGGCAAGCGGAGAGACAAGAAAGGCAAGGAGUCAUAG